AUGAAAGCCGCGAUUGAAGACAAUGUGUUAUUUCCCAAUCGAUGUCAUCGUGAUACGUGUAUUAUAGCUGUAGGUGGUGGAGUUGUGGGUGAUUUAGCUGGUUAUAUUGCUUCGACAUACAUGCGUGGUGUUCCUUUUGUCCAAAUACCAACAUCAUUACUUGCUUGUGUAGACUCUAGUAUUGGUGGAAAGACAGGUAUUGAUGUUGAAGCUGGUAAAAACUUAUUAGGAGCUUUUCAUAUGCCACAACGUGUCUACAUUGAUCUCAAUGUAUUACAGACACUACCAAAGCGUGAAUUGAUCAAUGGUAUGAGUGAAGUGAUUAAAUCUGGGGCGAUCUUUCAUGCUGAACUCUUUCAACUACUUGAGACUUCAGCUGAGAUUAUUCUUGCUCUCUCUGAUAUGGACAUUGUACACCGUGUUGUGGCACUUACUGUACAAGUUAAAGCCACUGUUGUUACCGUAGAUACCAAGGAGAUGGGAUUACGCGCGAUUCUUAACUUUGGUCAUAGUAUUGGUCAUGGUAUUGAAGCAUUACUGCAACCUGAAUACUUGCAUGGUGAGUGUGUGUCCAUAGGCUGCAUCAAAGAGGCUGAAAUUGCUCGUGGUAUGGGCAUCUGCACUUCGGCGACUGUAGGUCGACUACGUCGAUGCUUUACUGCCUAUGGUCUUCCCGUUCGUGUACCUGAUCACGUAGCAACACAUGAUGUUCUCGUGAAAAUGGAGGUUGACAAAAAGAAUAGCCAGGGUGUCAAGAAAAUUGUGCUGCUGGAAAAGAUUGGCAAAGUCCUGGCCAAUCCAUACGCGCGCGCCGUGAAGGACCAUCAGAUUGAGCUGGUGCUCGAAAAGCAAAUUCGCAUGGUGCCUGGUUCAAAAGCCAACGGUACAAUUCGCGUGCCAGGAUCCAAAUCAAUCUCAAACCGCGUACUUCUCAUGGCCGCUCUUGGCAAGGGUCCGUGUCGUAUCACAGGACUUCUUCACUCGGACGAUACGCAGGUUAUGAUGAACGCACUGCAGAAGGUUGGCGCCAAGUUUUUCUGGGAGGAUAAUGGUGCUGUACUUGUUGUAGAAGGCACGGCAGGCAAGUUUGCCACUGUUGCCAGUGGCGAAGAGAUCUAUCUGAGCAACGCUGGCACGGCUGCACGCUUUCUCACAAGCGCGAUGACCCUAGUGCCGAGUGAGGGCAAUGGUACAGUAGUCGUCACAGGUAAUCAUCGCAUGAAAGAACGUCCGAUUGCAUCGCUAGUGGAUGCGCUGCGUGGAAACGGGUGCGAGAUUUCGUAUCUUGAGAGCGAAGGGUGCCCGCCACUGGCAAUUCGUGGGACGGGUAUACGUGGUGGGACCGUUCGUUUGGCUGCCAAAGUCAGCAGCCAGUACGUAUCUUCUGUGCUUAUUAGCGCGCCGUACGCAAAGGAACCGCUGGUGCUGGAGCUUGAAGAGGACGAGCCGACUUCGCUGCCUUACAUUCUUAUGACUACACAGCUGAUGAAACAGUUUGGCAUCCUGGUGGAAACGCUUGCUCCAAACCGCUACCGUGUACCUUGCGGCACAUACGAAAAUCCCAAGGAAGUGUCUGUAGAGGUGGACGCAUCGUCUGCCACAUACCCGCUUGCGUUCGCCGCUAUUACGGGCGGACAGGUCACAGUGGAAGCACUUGGCGAUAGUAGUCUACAAGGAGAUGCUGCUUUCCACACCCUGUUGCGAUCGAUGGGAUGCACCACGACCCAAGACGCUACCUCAACGACAGUGACUGGACCGCAGGACGGAUCACCUCUCAAGGCCGUGGAAAUAAACAUGGAGAUUAUGACAGACGCAUUCAUGACAGCUGUUGCCCUUGCUGCUGUGGCUCAAGGCACAACCAAGAUCACUGGCAUUGCAAAUCAGCGUGUUAAGGAGUGCAACCGUAUUGAGGUGGUGGUUACGGAGCUGCGCAAGAUUGGUGUGGAGUGCGGUGAACUGCCCGAUGGUAUUUGGAUCAAGGGUACAGCAGGUACUACUGGCCACUUGAAGAAGGCCUCUAUUGCGUGCCACAACGAUCACCGCAUCGCCAUGAGUUUUGCAGUCCUCGGCUCUGUCGUCGACAAUGUGAUCAUUACCGACAAGGAAUGCACAGACAAGACAUACCCGGAGUUCUGGGAUCACGUGCAAAUGCAUCUUGGCCUUCAAGUCGCGCCUGUUGUCGAGAAAAUGACGGGUAACAGUGACGUUGACACCACGAUCCCAGGCGUGUUUGUAAUUGGCAUGCGUGGUGCUGGCAAAAGCUCAGUUGCGAAAGCUGCGUCCACUGCACUGAAACUGAAUCUUUUGGAUACGGACAAAAUGCUGGAGAAAGAACUUGGUGAGACUAUAGCGAACUUUGUCGCUCGUCACAAUCACACAUGGGAAGCCUUCCGCGAAAAGCAAAAUGAUCUGCUACUGCGUUUAAUUGCGAAUCCACCUCCUGCUACCAUUAUUUCUUGCGGUGGAGGUGUUGUGGAGUCUCCAGAGAUCGUGAAUGCGCUCGAAAAAUACCCGUACGUGGUUCACGUUCAUCGCGAUAUCAAGGAUGUUCUAUCGUACCUGGACUCCUCGGAGGAGUCACACCGUCCGUCAUUGGGAAACAGCCAUGCGAAUGUUUGGGCGCGGAGGGAGCCUUUGUACCAGCGUAGCUCUUCAUUUGAAUUCGUUGUUAACGCUGGUGACAUGGAUUACCCACGCAUAAACCGUGACUUUGUCCGUUUUCUUUCCGUGGUAACCCCCGGUCUGCAUACAAGCUUCGACUACCGCUCGAUCUGCCGCUUGGAUACAUUCUUCCUGACACUCACGUUUCCCGAUGUGAAUGACGCUCGCCCGACCAUCAAUGACAUUACUAAGGGUGUCGAUGCGCUAGAGUUACGUGUGGAUCUAUUGAAGUUCCCCGAGGACACGAAGUUUGUGGCUGCUCAAGUGGCACUCCUCCGAUCGCUUUCAACUCUCCCUAUUAUCUUUACAGUGCGCUCGAAGGGCCAGGGUGGUGCUUUCCCUGAUGGCGAGGAGCACGAGCAGAAGAUGUUUGAGCUGCUUCAGUUGGGCGUUCGCCUUGGCUGUGAGUUUGUGGACAUGGAAACGUGCUGGUCAAGCAAAGCACGUGAGAAUUUAAUGGCUCACCGCCAUCGAUCCGCCGUUAUCUCGUCAUUUCACGCCGUUCAGAAGCCUACGUCUGAGGCAGAAAUCAAGGCCAUUUUCCGCGAGUGUUACUCGCAGGGUAAGGUACAGAUCGUCAAGGUGGUGAUCAAGGCCUAUUCUCCGCAAAAUGCGCUCAUGGUCGACCGUAUUGCGAAAGACUUUGCAAACGCAUGGCAGCAACAGAUGCCAAUCAUUUCACUGUGCACGACAGAUGCAGGCAAGCUGACCCGUGUUUUGAACCGCACGCUUACACCGGUGACACACCCGCUGCUUCCUGCGGCUGCGGUACCUGGACAGCUUUCUGUCAAGGAGAUAAUGACCCUGCGUAAGCAGCUUGGACUUCUCCCAGUGCGCAAGUUCUUUUUGUUUGGAUCGCCAAUCCAGAACUCACCGUCACCUGCAAUGCAUAACGCUGGGUUCAAGUCUGCGUCAUUGAAUUCACUCUUCACCUAUGGACUGCACAAUACCACGAAUGCUUUGGAAAUUGUAAAGCGAAUGCGAGCAUCCAACACGAGCUUUGGUGGUGGCUCUGUCACGAUACCGCUCAAAGUAGACAUCAUGGAGCAUCUGAACGAGGUGUCACCAGCUGCACAGGCCAUCGGAGCUGUCAACACCAUUGUGCGUGAAGAUCGCAGCGGCUCCCCGUAUUGGAAGGGCGACAAUACGGACUGGCUAGGCAUCUUACGUCCCAUCAGCAAGCGGCUGGCCAUAGCUAACGUACGGAAACCCAUCCAUGAACUAACUGCACUUGUUGUUGGUGCUGGCGGCACUUCCAUGGCUGCUUUGUACGCAAUGCGCCAGUUGGGCGUUGGUAAGCUUUUUGUCUUUAACCGAACCUUAGAGAAGGCACAGACCGUCGCUAUGCGCUUUGAUGCAGAGGCAUUGUCCGAGCUGACCAUGGAGAGACUAGCUCGGGUGGAUAUUGUAGUGGGCACAAUCCCUGCUCACGCUAAUUUUCAGCUCCCUGAUUAUCUUUUAGCUCCACGUUCCGACGGCAGCAAACUCGUGGUACUUGACGCAGCUUAUAUGCCUCCAAUCACGCCAAUGCUGGCACAUGCACAUGCAGCAGGUGGUGCGUUAUGCAUCCAGGGCUACGAAAUGUUGUAUGAGCAAGGUAUUGAGCAGUUCUAUCGCUGGCACAAGGCGACACAAGUGUGGACUGUGGACGAAGAAGCAAUCAAGGAAGCUUGUCGCCAACACGUACCAGUCGAUCAGCGUCUUUCACAAGCCUGA